GUGAAGCAGUAGCGUCGUUACCGUUCAUGGGUUUAUGUCGUGCUACUGUGUGCUAAUUUAAUUCAACAUCAUUAUUAUAUAUCAUUAUUAAUAUACAGUAGCUAUUAAAUUAACUAAUUUCAUUAAAUAAAAAAACCUACCCAAAGUGUCAUCGUCUCAAUAUUAUUUUAAUUAUUAGCCAUCGGUGACAGUGAAUACAAAUAGUGUUGGGAGCAUGAUUAAAUCUGAUGCAAACAUGUCGGAUACUCGUCGACGUCGUCAUAAAUCUGAUCAAUCCCAUGCAUCUGAUGAUUUAUCAGAUUCAUUUGAUGAACUUGUAGGAACAAAAGAAACUCUGAGCAAUGAGCCGACAGAAAUUCAUCGUGAUUCGGAGUAUGAUACUGUCGGAAGUGAGGGCGAGUCCGAUGGAGGAUCGCAAGAUGGUGUCCAGCGUGAAAGCGGAGACGGCCAGGAGGAGGAUAAGCCACCGAAAAAGUUGGAUGACGAUGAGGAUAGACGUAAUCCGCAGUAUAUACCAAAACGCGGUACUUUCUACGAGCAUGACGAUCGUACGGCUGAAGAAACUGCUGAGGAUACUGUGGAGCAGCCUGCUGAGAGAGAGUCUAAGGACAAGAAGGUUUGGAAGGACAAAGAAGACAGGUGGGAUCAUGACAGAUAUAAUGAUGACGAGCAGGCUCCGAAGAGUCAUGAAGAACUGAUAGCUGUUUAUGGGUAUGAUAUCAGGAAUGAAGAAGGUCCACCUAGAGCUCGCAGACGCCGUAGAUAUGGUCGCGGGCCAAAUAAAUAUACACGUAAUUGGGAGGAUGAAGAUGCUUAUGGUAAAACGCCAACAAAUAUUUCAACAAAACAAAAUAGACGGUCGAACAAAACUGGUGAAGAAUUUCCUGCUCUUGGUGGUUCUACAAAGGAUAAUAACCCAGAUACAGCAGAAGAACCAGUAAUAUCAUCAGCAUGGUACAGUAACAAAAAUAAAUAUCAUAGUAAUAAACAGCAAAAUGCCUUUCCACCACUUCAAUCUCAACAGGAAAAUCAUAGAAUUGAAGUACAAACUACUAAUAAUACUCAAACAAAUGAAAAUAAAGCUCCUAAUGAGCCAACUAAUCCAGCUUGGAAAAAGGAUGCCACAUACACACAUCAGAGUUUAAUGGCAAAUAUGACUAACGUUGCUGAUAAUGAAAAAACGACGACUCCAACAACAGUUAAUGUGAAACCAGUUUAUGUAAACAGGAGGCAGGUCCAAGAGAGCGUUAGUCUUGCAGCAAGUAGAGUACGAGGACGUGGUUUUAAACCAACAGCUAAUAACAAUCUCGUUACGAAUAGAACUAGUGAUAGUAAGCCAAAAGGUCGUGGCAGUGGACUGAUAACUGGCGGCGAUAGAAGAAAUAAUACGAGUCAACGUGAUGAUGAGCAGCUUGUUAAUGAGGUCAAACAUAUGAACAUUAAUGAUGGAUCAAUGUAUCAUCAUGGACGACAGCAAAAAAAUUUCUAUGGACAAGUAUCGAGUCAACAACGAUCGAAUGCUGCUUUACCGCGUAUGCAACAACCUCCCAUGCAACAGCAGCAGCCACAAUCACAAACUCAUUCUCAUUCUCCGUCUGAGGUUGCAGGAAGUAGACCCAAACGUUACUCGAGUCUCCGUCAACGACCAGCCAUUCCGGAUGGCCCUGGGCAACAAAAUUAUCAGCCUCAACAUGGACCACACGGACAGCACAACCAACAUGGACCACAUGCACAGCACAGUCAGCAUGGACAACAUGGAUUUUAUCCACCUCAAGGUGGAAAUUCACAUGGUGUAAUUGAAUCUCAAGGAUUUCCACAGAAUCAUUUUGAUCAAACUCCUCAAGUGCCGUCGCCCGCAAAUACACUGACACCUCAAUCCGUGAUUCCACUGUCGACAGCCGGGCAACCUGGUUCUUUUGCACCACCUCCAUUUUUGGUGCCAACUCCACAGUUUAUUGCGCCUCAAACGGCUCCACCGAGUAUUAUUAAUUACGUAUCAGGCCCCAAUGGCCCAGCAUUUCCGCCUAAUUUUCAGGGGUAUCAAGGAUAUAAUCCAUCGGUUCAGCCACCAGUACCACAGCCACCACCAGAAUUAUACCAACCACAGGGUUGUACAUACUACAGUCCAGCUCAGCAGCCACAACAGGUGCAGCAAAUAGCACCGCUUAGACGACCAAAAGCGGCCAUUCCUAUUUUGCCUCCUCCAGACAAUUCGAUACAACGUCAUCAAAAUAGCCGUGGUAGAGGUCGUAAUACUUCUCAAACACUCUGUAAUAACGCACCCGGUGGUCAAUUGAUACCAGGUGAGCAACAACAAUUUCAACAAAUCGAUACACAGCAAUGUGUACCUAUAGAAUCACUUGUUGUUAAUUCCUCAAAUGAUGCAUUUGAUAAUUCACCUGUCGAGCAAAUAGAAAAAAAUUCUGAAAUUACUGUAACGCAAAUGUCUUCUGAUGAAAAAAAUAUUGUUGAUGAUAAUACUUCUGUAGAUAGUGCUGCAAUUAAUGAAAAUGUUUCAGUAGAUAACAAUAAAUUAGUAGAAAAUGUUAUGGUAGAAACAUCAAAUGAAAACAUAACAGAAAAAAUUGAUGAAAAUAUAAUAAUGGAAAAAAUUGAUAAAAAUUUAACAGAAAAUAUGAAUGAAAAUGUAACAGAAAAAAUUGAUGAAAUAAUUUAUACUGAAGAAAUAAAAGAACCUGCUGUCGAAAUAAAUAAUUUAAAUAACGAUAUUAAAAUUGAGAAAACAAACGAAAUAGACAAUAGUGUUGUAUCAGUCACACAAAAUGAUUGUAAAAGUAAUAUUGAUAAAACAGCCAUUAUUGUUGAUAAUAAUUCUAAUAAUACAUCAGCUAAAAGUAUUGAAGUAGAAGCUGCUGCUGUCAAUGAAACCGAAAUAAAUAAUAAAGUUGAUAAUGUAGUUCCGACUCCCGUUGUUGAAGAGGCGGCUGCUUAAUUUAUGUGUAUUAAUAUUAUAUCAACUCUUGAUAUGAAAAUUUUUUCUAUUCGCCUUUAUGUAAAAAUUAUUAUUUUAUAUUUCAAUUAUAAAAUGUAUCACGAGUUUAUUUCCUAUUUGUACAAAUUACUAAUUAGGCUUAUUUAUUAUUAGUUUCGAUGUUGUAAUUAAUUAAUUAUCUGAAAAUAGUAUAUUGUGUGACAAGGGAUGAAAAAAAGCGAUUUCAGACUAUGGGUGACGUUGAUAUCGUUUUUUAUUCUGAAUUACACAUAAUAUUAUUCAUGAUUACCCGCAUUGGAACUUGGAAUUUUAGUGUCAACAGCCAGUCAGAAACAAGUUUAUUUAAGACCAAUGAUGUGAUAAACUACUAGCGUUAGCGUAAAUUGUGAUUUAGUUUUCAGUUAGCGGGCAGAAUUAGUAAAUUACAAAUGAAGGAAGCAAAGUACAAUUUUUGCAUACGAUUUUUCACCAGACCUGCAACUGAAAGUUUCAAUUUUCGCUUCUGUUUAUGGGAAGAAUGGCGCAUGCGCUAAUUUUUAUCUUUCGUUUUCUCACAAAAGAAAAAAGCGACUUUCUUCCCUCUAAACUGGGCGAGACUUUGAAAUUUCGGUGCAGAAUUAGGGAAAAAAUAUACAUACACGCCUUCGGCCUGAGUAGGUAGCUAUGCAAUAUAUCAUUUUUUCUUUCCAAGAGAUGAAACAAGUUUGUUUCGACUGGCUGUAAAGACACUGAAACUGAGUUUCGAUGCUGGUGUUAUGAAAAAUUUGUUUUGAUAGUUCUAUUUUCCAAUCGCGUUACAUUUUAUAAAUAAAUUUACAAUUUCAAUAAAAAUAAUAUUUAAUUGUCAUGUGAUUAAAUAUACAUAACUAUGAUGUCAAAUAAUUAUUUAAUUAAUGUAGAUUAUAUUAUUAUAAACGUUAAUAUUUUCAUAUAAUUCUGCCUAUAAUAAAUUUUAGUUUUGAAUAUUGAUGAAAAUAAAUGCUGGUGAAUUGGAUUAAAAUUAAUAAAUUUUAAAUAAUGCCAUUAACAAUUGCUAUAAAUAUAUAAUUAAAAAAUCCAUUGAUUUACGAUACAUUACAGUAGACAGUAAAGCUCAAUGUAUAGAUUUCUGCACGCCGUUGACUAUAUUUAAAAUUGCAGAUUUAUUUCAAUAAAAUAUAAUUUAAUUCAUUCAAUUUUAAGCUUCAUACUCUAUUGUAAAUAUAAUCUUUAGUAUUAGGAGAUUUAAAUAUUAAUUGAACCCACAAAAUUAUUAUUGAAAUAACAUAAAUUAUAUUCAUUUAUUUAUACAUAAUUAAUAUGUUAUUGCUUUAACUAACAAAAGUAUAAAUAUGUAUUUUAAUAACCACUCGAUUCGUAAUCAUGAAUAAAAAUAAUCAAUAAAUACUAAUAAUAAUAACAAGUAUAUUUGUUAUUAUUUUCGUAUUUAAAAUAAAUUUUGUGACAUUUCUAUAUUAUUUUAAAUUUAUAUGUAUGAGAAAUAAUGUUUUUUCAAAUACAAAGUAUAAUAAUCGUGGCAAAUGAACAAAAGUUACAGAAAAAAUAAUGAAAUAUUGUAUGUAAAAAAAAGCUAAAUAUUAUUGUAUGUAAUUAAAAUGAACUUCAGAUUAAAAAAAUUAAAUUAUAGAUACUU